GUAACACGACGUUACGACAAAAGUUAUAAGGAGGCUGUUUGCCACAUGUUUGGCGAGUUUUCUAAUUCCAAGUUAACAAAUGCCCGUGAUUUGAGUUACUGAGUAUUUUUGUUGCUUUCUUAAGUAAGAGUAAUUUUUUAAGAGUUUAGUGAUCAAAGGCGAGAGUCUCGACUAAAAAGAAAAAACAAAAUGAAAUUGAAAGCUUUGUCUAUAGACCCAUGUUAUUUUGGUGUGAUAAGCAGAAGUGGAACAGAGCCUCUCAAUCAAAAUCUUGAUUUUCUGACUACUCGUUUCCAAUGUCUUUCUCAUGAUGACUUCCAUGUUCAAGGAGAGGAAGGAGAAGUCCCACCUCUUGCCUGCAAGUUUUGUACAGUUCCAGGUGAUGAACAUCUUGUUGCUGUGGCUAGUGAGGAUGGUGAUGUUUUUAUUCUUGACUCAAAUAAGAAAAUUAAAAGUGGGUGUUUGACAAGUUGGAAAGCUCACAACAAUGCAGUUUUUGAUAUUUCUUGGAUGCCCAAAGAAGCUAAGCUAGUGACAGCUUCUGCUGACUUGAAUCUGAUAUUGUGGGAUGUUCCUUCCUCUCAGAAAUUGGUUUCUUUUAAGGGACACUAUAGCAGUGUUAAAUGUGUUGACUUCAGACCAUUAAGCAAAGAUGUACUUGCAAGUGGUGCAAGAGAUGGAAACAUUAAUAUUUGGGACCAAAGAUGUAUUAGAAAAGAUUUACAUCAUAUGCCUGAAAAUACAAUAUGGAAUGCUCAUUGUGCUACUUUCCAGAGUACUGGAACUCCUCGACAUAAGAAGAAAGAGUCCACUUCUGGACCAAGUACUAACCCUUUGAAUAGUGUAACUUCCCUUGUAUUUCAAGAUGAAAAUCUGCUAGUAUCCUCAGGAACAGCUGAUGGUGUCAUUAAAGUGUGGGAUUUGAGGAAAACUUAUUCUGCACACAAGAAGGAAGCGACUCCAAGGUAUAGACUUCCUUUUUGUGGAGAGAGCAUAAAAACACAUGGGUUUACUAGCCUUGCCCUUCAUCCUUCCAGAAGCUGUCUGUUUGCCAGCUGCACAGACAGUAUAAUUUACCAGUAUAAUUGUUCAUCCUUUGAUCCAUGGCCAUUGGCUACCUACUAUGGCCAUUUGACAUCCACUUUAUUUGUUAAAACUGUUCUAAGUCAAGAUGGAAAGUAUCUCUUAAGUGGCUCUAGUGAUGAAAAGGGUUACAUUUGGAAGGUUUCUUCUCCGGGAGCUCCAAUUAGCAGACUAUGUGGUCACAGGGCAGAAGUUACCACUGUAGCUUGGAGUCCAAAUGAUUUUUCUAAGAUAGUGACUUGUGGAGAUGAUGACCGUGUUUUGUUUUGGAAUAUCCAUGAAAAUGUAGAAAAGCAGUAUUCAUGCUCAGAAAAUGGCACUCACAUCAUUGAAGGAAGAGCAGAGAAAAUUGAUUCAUCGGUUAUCAAAAAGCCCAGUUUUCUGGAUAAAAUGAAUCUUCCAUCCACACCAGUAAACCACAGGAAAAGUUGUACCUUUUCUCCUGAUUCUAAUAUUGGGGUUUUGUCAAGAACUCCCAAAACUCCUGGAAACAGCAAAAAUAUCAAUAGCUCUCCAGCUAUUUCCAGUUGGUUUUCUCCAAGAACUCCCAAAUCUUUGGAAGAUGCCAAGACUGCAAGAACCCCUCUAACCAUCACUAAAUGGUUUUCUCCCAGAACUUCACAAAACUUAGGAAGUAAAAGUUGUUCAAAAGUAACAACAACACCCCAUUCUAAGAGUAGUCUGCCGUCCUUGGAUAAAACACCUACUGAAGUGUUUUCAACAGCAGUAGAUACUGCUACAGACAAGAAAUCCCAACUAGUUAGAAAACGCAAGCUGUUAAAUGAGGUUUCAGAAGACCAAGAAAACCUAAGUGGUUCUGAAGACGUCUUGGUGGUGCAAAGUCCAGAACACUCUCGUGUACUCUCUCCAGUGAAACUAAAUGUUGUGUCUCCAACUGCUCUUCCUCUGAAGCAAACAAGAAGAAGUUUGAAUCUUGAUGAAGUAGAGUUGACAAAAAGCUGCUCAACUAAAGUGGACGUUCUUGCUGAAAACAUAAACUUAGACCUCAAAGUUAAUGAAAUGCCCAAAAAGUUAACAGUAGAAAAUGAGCCAGACUGUGGUGUAGUAUUUUCUAGUUUGAACUCAAAUUGCCAUUCAGGUAUUCAAAAAUCUCAAAUUAUCUUAAAAUCUAAAUCAUGCAUAUCUGGUCGUAAAACAAGGAAAGUGUCCAAAAACAAAACAAAUCAAAUUAGGCCAAUUAGUCACUAUUUUAGCAUAGAGACUACCAAGUAACAUUACUAACAAAUUAUAAUAUUAUAUUGUUUAAUCCUAAUUGAAACUUUGUUGAAAGACAAAACAAAAUAGAGCUAUUAAACAUUGACUCUUAUUUCUGUUCAUUUCUAAUCUCAAACAUGCAUAUAUAUAUAUGUUUUAACAAUGUAGUGGUUUAUUUAAAUAUCUGAAAAUUACUAGUUUUAUAACUUGUAAUAUUAUAUGUAUCAUACAUAGUAUGGCUAAGUUCCUGUAAUAAAAUUUUAGUGAGGGAUUACACUAAGUAUGUAUGUAUAUACAAACAUGCAUGUAUACAUACAUUUGUAAUUUAUAUUGUAUGUAAGAAUAAUCCCUUUGUUACUUGUACAUAAUAAAAUAGUGUGUUUGUAAGGCAUUAUGGAGUAAUUAAACUGAUUCCAAUAUUAUGAUAGGUGGGUUCUGUAUGAAAUAGUUUCAAAAACCUGAAUAGUGUUUGUUUCUUUCUACUUAUGUGUCAUUGUGUAUCAAAUGACAUUUCUGGAUACUUAAAAGUUGUGUUUUAUGUGAGAUUUUUUUUCUUUUCUUUUGGCAUUAAUUGUAUCGAUGAUGAGAAAUAUCAGGAUGUUCUUGUACAGAUUAAUGUAGAUCAACAUUUUGUAUGAACAACUGACUGACCUAGUGCACUAGUGAAUGAUAAAUUAUUGAUACCUUUAACGAGUGGAGUCACUGGGACGUGAUGGGUUUACUAAAAUGGUGUCCAAUUUAUAACAGAUCAUAAGAUAUCUCUUUGUGGCUACUUUGCAAUUUCAAGUGAAAGAGUUACAAUUAGUUCCU